AUGAAUCCAUUCAACCCAAACAACCCCAACCCGAACAAUCCUAACCCAAACCAACCUAACUUUUUUUCGACUCCCGCUUACACUCCGACUAUCGAUCCUUCAUUGGUGUCUCCGCAAUUUACGUUUUCGGGUUUCCAACAAUCACCCAACGCCUUCAAACAAAUGUCCCAAGUUCAACAAAUGCAACAAUACCAAGCACUCCAACAAUUCAUGCAACGCAACUCGUUUGAACAAUUCCAAUCGCAACCGCCAACUUCCCAACCGCAACUCCCGGUUCAACUUGACGAUGAUGAUGAAGAAGUCGUCCCCGAAUCGCCACCUCAAGAGCUCAAGCGCAAAAAGAACAAGGGGAAGGGGAAGGCGGUUGAAAUCGUACCCGAAACCGCGCCAAAAAGCGGUUCGAGAGCAAAGCCGAGACCUUGGACAAAAAUAGAGGAGGAGGCGCUAGCAAUGGCGUUUGUUAAGUCCUCAACUUGCCCGAUUAUCGGGAACAACCAAACGGGUAGUAGUUUUUGGAAGGCGACAACGGAAAGAUUUAACGGGAUUAUGGAGCAAGGCCCGAUGCGUGAUCUCGAUUCCGUCUCGGGCAAGUGGCGUAAAAUGAGCAAGGCCAUCAAUACCUUUAGCGGGUAUUAUAACCAAAUUUACACUAAUCCUCCUAGUGGGAGUAACGAUGAGGACAUUCUUAACCUUGCUUUGGCUAAGUGGGACUCUAAAAAUUCAACGCCUUUCCCGCACCUCCGAGCAUGGAACAUUUUAAAGAAAGAAAACAAAUGGAAGCCGGUUCCAAAUGAGGUCGCAACCGCCAAACGAAGUAAAACUUCUGAGUCCGGAAGUUAUAGUGCGGGAGGCUCCACCGCUCCUUGUCAAAUCGACAUAAACGACGACCCGGAAUAUGACGAGGAUGUGUUGCCCGUUCACGAGUCGGAACGUCCCACCGGAAGGGACAAAGCAAAAAAAGCGGCGGCUGGAAAGCGAAAAGGGGGCGGCUCGAGCCAAACGACUUCGGGGGCGGGUUCGAAAAUGGACGAGUUGAUAUCCGAAUUCCGUUCGUUCAGAGAGCUCGCGGCCGAAAAAUAUAGUUACAAGAAAACCUUGUCGGCCGACUAUGCUCGAGCGGAGGAUUUUAGGAUUAUGAGGUUGGAUCUCGACUCGGUUUCGGAAGAUGAAUGCGAGGUUUAUCGGAGGAUGAAAGAGGAGAUUAAGAAAAAAUUGACGUCGUAG